UCAUGGUCUGAGAAUGGUAUUUGGAGCCCAUAAGCUUUCUGAAUUGGGUCCAGACACCCAGACUCGAAAAAUUAAGAAGCUGAUAGUUCAUGAAGAGUACUCAGGAGAAGGGAAACAAAUAUAUGACAUGGCUCUUGUUCGUCUGGAUGAGCCCAUUACAUUUAAUAACUAUAUCCAGCCAGCCUGUUUUCCUUCUAAAUCAAUUAAGGUAGAGCACAUGACUAAAUGCCAAGUAGCAGGAUGGGGUGUUCUCAGUGAAAAAUCUAAAGAAUCAGCUGACAUCCUUCAAGAAGCCAGUGUGACACUUAUCCCUAAUACACUUUGCAACAGCAAAGAUUGGUACAAUGGCAAGAUAGAAGAGUACAACCUGUGUGCUGGACAUAAGGAAGGGAAGAUUGACAGCUGCCAGGGUGACAGUGGAGGACCACUUAUGUGCAGGACAAAGUCUAAUGACUUUGCUGUGGUUGGAGUGACAAGCUGGGGGUCAGGCUGCGCCCGACAGCAACGUCCUGGGAUUUACAGCAGUAUCCAGUACUUUACUGAAUGGAUCAACACUAAAUUGUACAAAGAGGUCAAAAAAAGAUCAAAAAGGUCUGUUCUCAAAAAGAUCUUUUUUCAAAAUGAUCUUGAAACCAAAAGCUUAAAUAUGAAAGUAAAUACAGCGAACCAACAUAAUACAAAAAACAAAUUAAAACUAUAUCUGGUUGAUGCAUUUAAGACCAACACAGCUACUCCAUUACCUAGGAGUGAAAAUAGACCUCUAACAAAGCCAGUGCCAAAUAACCAAAUUACUACCGAUACAAAAUCAGUUCAGCAUAUCCAGGAUCCACCAAAACUGGAUCAAAAAAACCUUCUCCAGUCUUUAUGGCAUAGACUGACACAGAUAUAUAAAUGGAUAACAACGGUCUUGGUUUCUGGCUCCCUUAUGGACACAGUACAGGAUAACAACUAAUCAGACUUAAAGAAGAAAACUAUUUUAUUUUUAGUAUGUGUAUGUAAGAGGGAUAAUCCGAUCGGAUUUUGAAAACGUCAUCUGCCGAUGCUCUGUGUUGGCCAGUGUAUUGCGCAUUGACAGAUAAGAAAGUGAAGAGGAGUUACGGGCAUACACAUUUCAAUAAAAUCAUACUAUAUAUAAUUUUUGGUAUGUGUAUGUUGGAGGGAUGAUCCGGUCGGAGGGUCCGCAGCUCCUCUUCACUUUAUGCAGUUCCAGUCAUUCAGGCUGUUGGGCAAGCAAAUGGAUUAUAAAUUUGGCCAUGCUGUGAAUGGCCGCUCCCAUGGUAUCCAUUUGACCCACAUGCUGAUCUGAGGAUCAGCAGAAGACUGUA